AAGCCAGGCUACCGGGAGGACAAAUGAGAUCACGAGCUGGUCUGGCACGUGGCUGGACAGCCGCUGCGACAGCGCUCAGGCAUUUGGCGUGGCCGCCUAGGAGGCGGGGCCUCCGUGGCGGCCCCGGGAAAGCCCGUGGGCCGGCGCGACGCCCUUCUUUUCGGAUCCGCCAUCUGCGGUGGCACCGCUGCCAAUAUGCAGAUUUUCGUGAAGACCCUGACGGGGAAGACCAUCACUCUCGAGGAAUUCCUCCUGACCAGCAAAGACUGAUCUUUGCUGGCAAGCAACUGGAAGAUGGACGUACUUUGUCUGACUACAACAUUCAAAAGGAGUCCACUCUUCAUCUUGUGUUGAGACUUCGUGGUGGUGCUAAGAAAAGGAAGAAGAAGUCUUACACCACUCCCAAGAAGAACAAGCAUAAGAGAAAGAAGGUUAAGUUGGCUGUCCUGAAAUACUAUAAGGUGGAUGAGAAUGGCAAAAUCAGUCGCCUUCGUCGGGAGUGCCCUUCCGAUGAAUGUGGUGCUGGAGUUUUUAUGGCCAGCCACUUUGACAGACAUUAUUGUGGCAAAUGUUGUCUGACCUAUUGUUUCAACAAACCGGAAGACAAGUGAUUGUAUAUUCGUUAAUAAAAGACAUGAACUAACGUUUAAA